AUGAAUGACAGCCGAUGGACAGGAGCCGUUAGGGACUGGAUUCCUCGGGAUGUUAAACGCACUGUAGGAAGGCCACCGACUCGAUGGUCAGAGUUAUUCACCAAAUGCCUAGAAGAAAGACAUGAUGCUCGACGAGUCCCUAGAGCGAGCGGAACCCACUGGGCUACUCUUGCACGCGACAGGGAAAAAUGGAAGAUUUGCUGGCGCCCUCUGGAGUCACUCGGCGAUCAGCGGGACUACAGGCACACUUCGCCCUACUUCUGUACACAUUUGGCGGAACGUCCAGAACCAAGUGAGCACAAACUAACCCGGUUAAAUCCAUCUAAGAUUGAAAAGGAUGAGCCAUUCGUAUGGUUUAUGGGAGAAUCUGAUAUUGAGAACGAUGAGCCAUUCACAUGGUCCAUGGAUGGAUGUGAUCAAGCCAGUGCCAGGCAACUCCCGUCCCGUCCAUUAUUCAUGCCCCGUCUACCCGACCAACUAAGCCAAUCGGAGACGGGAUCUGUAAUCUGUCCUGUACCUAAGUGUACAGGAAGGUUCAAAAAUCACGACAGUUUGUGCUUCCAUUGCAUGCUGAAACACGCUGAACUUGGAGCUGCUGGUACUCCUCAGAACUUUGCUGUAGAACAGUAUCGAUUCGAUAAUGAGAAGGAAUAUAAGGUUUGUACAGUCUUAUUUUAA